AUGGAAGGGGAGGCGAACGGCGAGAGUGGUGAAUCUGGAAACUGCAUCGGCCAUAGUGCUGACAUCCAGAGGAGGAAGCAUCGGGAGACAAAAUCGGAGAUUGAAGUAGCCAACAAGACAGGUCAGGUUGCGGCAUUGAUUUCCGCUUCCGCUGACACAAAAUUGGAGAUGGGGGAAACUGAGGCGAUGAAGGAGAACAUGCUGUCAGAGAUCUUGAGGUGGAAGCACGAGGGGACAAAAUCAGAGACUCAGUCGGCCACGGAGAUGGUUAGGGCUGAGAUCUACUCCUUACUCAGUCGUAUCUCCAAGAGCGUCACGGAGCUGAAAGCCGAGCCGAAGCUGAGGAUUAGCGACUACAGCAGUGACGAGGUCCAGAUCCACAUGGAUAACAUGUGCAGCGAAGUGACAAAAUUGCUGCAGAUGAUGGAGAAGGUGCAGAAUACUGAGAUUCCGGGCAAAGAGCCAGUCUCGGAGAAGAUCGGUGUGGAAGGGAUUCAGAUUAGGACUGAAGAAAAAAGUGGAUCAGCAACCAAGAUGCAGGGGCCGACCUACUACGAAUAUGGAUUGAAUGCAAUCUUCAACGGGUUAGAUCAGCUUUGCUCCCAGUUGGAUCUUAGUUACAAAUCUCAGUCGUUCUCUAAGCUCUUCAACGAGUCAUUGGUCAACAUGACUAAAAUCAGGUUAAGAACCAGAAUCAAAUCGGACGAGGUGGACGAGACGCGACAAAUAAUUUCCAUGGAGACUCUGGAGGCAGCCAAGUGGAAGUGCGAGGUGUCGCCGAAGAUUUCCACUUUCACAGAGAUAAAAUUGGAGAUAGAGGAAACCAAGGAGAUGGGAGCUAAAGCUAAAGAGAAGCUCAGGAAGGCCGUGAUGCACAAUAGACAGGCUGAGGAAUUCUUUGAUGAGUACCGUCGUGGCUGGGUAUAA